AUGUCAGAAAAACAGCCUAUCAGGCGUUGUGUUGUUUUGGUGGAUGGAUGUGAACCGCGCGAAGCAAAGAAGGAGACGAACUCUUCCACCAUCACAAGGAUCAAAGAGUUGACUUACGAUGGGUUGAUCGAGUCAAACGGAUAUACCAUCGCUCAAUCACCAAAGUACUAUGUCGCCCCAAGUAAUGUCACAAAGUCGAGUGGUCGCUUCAGGUCGAGGCCAACAAGCGACGAGUCAGAUGCUCUGAUCAAGAACAUUGUGAGGGACAUCUGCCUCGUGCUACAAAGACCUCAAGAUGAACUCUGGCUCUACGGUUCAGGUCACGGAGCUUUUAUCGCUCGUGCUGUUGCCGGGAUCGUGCAUCGACUGGGCUUACCAAAGCCGGAAGACUUUGACGACCUUUUUGAAGCAACUAUCGCCCUUCUCAAAGCCCAGGCUAAUGACGACUUCAAAAAAGGCCCUGAGCUUCUUCAAAAGAUCAAGAGCGGAGCUAGCGCACCUCCAAGGAUCCCGUUCGUUGGUUUGUUUGAUACCACAAGCUACAACUCAAGAACGGCCUACGACAUCACGUUCAAUUCAUCAAUUGAAGUUGUUCGCCAUGCAUUAGCAAUCAACGACAACCACUCCAUUCAUAUACCAGAAGUCUUUAAAAUUCCAGAAGAUGCGGAUAUGACACAUAGGUCACUCAUCCAGGCCUGGUUCUUUGGAACCCAUCAAGAUAUGGUGGGCGGCACAGCUCAUGAUGGUUUGUCUUUGUACCCAUUGCAAUGGAUGGUUCUGGAGAGUAUUUACUCAGGACUCAGGCUCAACAGCACAGGGGAUUCUAAGACCAGUCAGAGCCACAACCCCAUGUUAUUAAUAUUCCCCCAAUACGCUGGAAGUUUGCCGUCGCUGGAUGGAUCGGAAGAUAUUGAGUGGCGUCUUCAGUACACAAAUGGACUCCGAACCAGCAUGUUUGACCUUCAAGCCGCUCACGGAAAGAAGUCAGCGGCAGGAAUCGAAAUGCACUCAAUUAAACUGGACACAGACUGUUAUAAACGGCCUGCGAACCGAAAAGUCUUUGGGUCUGAUGGCACUUUAAAAGGAUGGUGUGAUGUUGGACCAUAUGGAAACAUGAUUCACCCUUCAUUGUUCUGCAUUCUUGACAGAUAUCCCCGACAUAACGAUCUAAACAACUUCAAGUCUCUCAAGAAGCCGAUUUCCGACUUCCAAGACGCGCACCUCGUUGCAGAAGAAGAAGAAGGAGUGGCUCCAUGGCUCAAAGACAUGCAACUUGAAGCAAGUGGGGUCAAAGCCUUUCGAAUUCUGGUCUGUGGUAAAACCGGUGUUGGAAAGUCGACUCUCAUCAACAAGGUCUUUGGCGUCGAGAUGACUGAUGAGUCGCUGUCGUAUGAACAAGGAGUUCACGAUAUCAACGUUGCUUUUGAAUCUCCAAAGCAUCCGGGACUCUUGAUCCAUGACUCAAGAGGUUGGCAAGCAGGUAGCGAUACAGAGUUGGACUUAAUUGCAAAGUUUCUCAGGCACAGGGCGUACCAAGAAGAUCCAGCCGAGGCUCUUCACGUUAUUUGGUUCUGCGUUGACUCAGACGUCGCUCGUAUCGAAGAAGCCGACAAACGAACAUUCGCCACUAUCGCUCAAUAUUCACAUCAAGUUCCCGUUUUCGUUGUUGGAACAAAGAAAGAUAAACUCACAGCCCAGCGCUACAGGGACCAUCUAGACGAACUCAUGGAAAAGAUGGAUGACUACAAGGAAGCCAAGAAGAUUGCCGAGGCAAAAGCCAACGAGAAAGCUGAGGAACAAUUCGCCGAGUUGAGAAACCAACUCUCUCAGAUUGACCACUACAAAGCUGAUGGGUUCUGCUGUCUUUCCAAAAACGAUGACGCCGGAGUUAGAGACCUCCUCUCCCAAACCCUCGACCUCAUCGUCGACGAACGUGUACGUCUCUUCUGCGUUGCCGCUCAAGUCGUUGAUGUUGAGCAGAAGAUCAACUCAGCGAUAACAGAGUGUAUGAGACUAGGUACACAUGCUAUCCGAACCGCUGCCGUUCCCCUUCCAUGUUCAGGCAUUAUCGGAACACCGACUGUAUCACGACUGAUCUGCGAACAUGUUCUCCAGUGCUUUGGCUUUCCAAAGACUGCCCCCGCUGAAAUCGAGAGAAUCAUGACGGACAUAGUUAUGAGCAACUUCAAGGAGUUCAUGAAGGUCUCGCUAUCACAUUUCGCGGUGGUGAGUGCUGUUGCAGUGGGUGCCGCGAUCCCAACAAUGGGUAUCGGUCUUAUUGUCGGCGCGGCGAACUGUCUCUUUUCUCUCCCACCAACGGCAAGGAUGUUGCUCAAGUGCUCAUGCGACAUGAUUCUUAUUCUCGAGAGGUCUUUUCGAUACGGUGGAAAGUACGUUUCUACCAAACAAAUUGAAGAUGCGGCCAAAUACUACGCCAAGGAGACGAUCACAACAUUCAAUGGUAAAGAGAAACGUCUACAGCAGCAGGUCCACGACGAGAUUGAUCAUCUCAUCCCAUUAAAAAAAGUCAACGUGGGAUUCAAGUUUAACAAGUUGAGAUCAUCAGUUGAAGAAGUCGUGUAUCGUAACAGAUUCGGUAAUCCUCCUGACUAUUUAUUAAUAAGGAGCCCUUCGGUUCCUGGCUCGGAUAUUGAUCCUAAUAGGCCCGUCGAACUGGAUGCUGGACCUGUCAUCUCUGAACUCCCUGGUGAGGAAGUCAACUUAUCAAGUCUGUCAAAAUCCGAUGAGAAGACACCAAUGGAACUUGACUCGACCGAGAUCCACUCAACAAACAACCCUCGAACAACAACAAGGCCGCUGCCGACAGGCCCAUCACUAUCCAACAAGCUUGUUGAGCUUCAUGUACAACCGCCGGAGCUGGAAGGUAGCGCACCAAGCGAUGUCGAUUCAACUAGAGGUCUACUAGAAGCUCCGCAAAUGGCAGAAAGGAGUAAAUCUGACUCGUCCAGCUCCCGGUGGACGAAUAAGCUGUCAUGGAAGUUGAGUCGGAAGUCGAAGACUUUGAAGCAAUGA